AUGUCUGUGCCAACGUCUCCAUUGGAGCUUCUUCCCAAUGAGCUCCUAGACCAGAUUAUCUUCUACUUAUCCACGGAGCCACCGUCAUUUGGACAACUACAUCAUACACCCAGUCUGCGACUCACCCAGUCUCCCACAAAAGACCUCAAGCAUCUCGAACUGUGCUCACGGCGCCUAUUUCUACUGGUGCGACCUCAACUGUUCACUCAUGUCCGGCUCAACCUUCAUGAUGAACCCGACUUCCGCUCUUUUAUGAUCAAGUCGGAUCUCUGUCAAUAUGUGACAUCUCUCGUCGCAAUCGCGGAUGAAAACCCAGAUCGUCAGGCAGACCCAUUUUGGUGGCGCCGAGUCCUCCGCUAUCUAGACCCUCGUCAUGUUCUGGUAAUAGGGCCGCCAAUCUUCAUUGGCAACACUCUAGCUACCCCGAUCAAUAAUGGACACCACUGGGCCUUUGAUAUGCCCCUACAGAUCUUACUUUUGGAACGAGAGUGCAAACCUCGUGACCCAUCCCAACUGCCUGACUUGGAGACUUGUACUAGUCUUCUAGCCUCACGACCUUGGACAUCGAUGACGUUUAACGAGUCAUCUUCUCUGAAAGCAUACAACCACUACGAGUACUUCCUUUCCUGUGUCCCAUCGGUGCUUGCAGAAUGGGGUACAAGUGGGAUACGCGGAUCAACCCGUACGCUUCAACGCCCAAUCGACCUCCCAGUUCUCUUACGCGGCCUCACAUCCUUUUCCUACACAGCUGUGUUUCCAUUUUACAAUCACUCGCAAAUUGUACUGGAUGCUGUUGUGAGGAUGCGUCGUCUGCGGCGCCUGGAUGUACAGUUGGCUCCCUCUCAGGACAAUCAUAUUACCGAACUUGAACAACGAGGGUCCAUGGACCCUAACGAUCCAUGGAUGGAACUCGCAACUUCGUACUCUCUGGUUGGGUAUACUGUGAAUAAUCUGCCUUGCUUGAAAGAGUUCAGGUGCGGCGACCUGCAUGUGGAGCCCAUGCGGCAGGAUCUGCUAGUCAUUUUGGACGAUGUCAUCGGGGACGGGGGCUGGGUGCAUGAUGGGCGUGGAGUGUGGAGGCGAGCUUGA